AUGGCGGAUAAUAUUGAAGAAAUUAUGAAAAAUAAUGAUAAAUAUGAACCUACGGCUAAAGAACUCUUGGAAAUGUUGGAUUCAGCUGACCUUGAUGAAGAAACGAGGCAGAGUUUGAGGAGUUUACUCGGUGGAGAUGUGCCGCAAUUUUUCGGCGGCACCGGCAGCGGCACUUUAUUGGCUAUAACAUUUGCGGCACUUAUAUUUUCAAUAAUUUGUAAGUAA